AUGACAACGCGUUUGGACAGGCUGGUGGGAUUACUGGAUAGCGGAGCAACCUCAGUGGUGCGAGCAACAGCGGCGCGACAAAUCGGCGGAAUCCAAAAGCAGCAUCCAGAGGAGCUUUUCCAGCUCCUGGGCCGCGUAUACGAGUUCGCCAUCGAGGCUAUAGCCAAAGAAGUCCCCGAGUGGGAUCCCAACAGCACCACCGACAUGAAACCCCCUCCUUCUCUCACCCUCAAUCAGCAGUCUGACGUGGAUGAGGAUGUAGAGGGGCUUUUGGAGUUUGGGCAGUUUAAUGUUGAUUCGGUUAUCAAGCACGGCAGGCUUUUGCUGGGGUCUGCUGGGCGCGAGUACGAGGAUGACGGCUUGCAGGGGUUGGAUCCGGCGGCGCGCAUCGCCGCGCAGCGCGUGCAGAUGCGCAAGAGACUAGGGAUUGGCGCGGAAUUCCUCGGCGACGACCUGCUGGCCGACGAGGAUUUGGCCGCAAAGCCCGUUGUGGCGCGUCCGCAGCCAGUGGCUGUCAAGACAGAGCAACAACAGCAUCCAGCGGUGGCAGUGGGCGGCGGCGAUGAGGGCGAGGCAGCGAUCGACAUGAGCACGCUGAGUGCACGCGAGCGCAACCGGCUGAAGCGCAAGGCGCGACUGGAUGCCGGGAAGAACAAGAAGAAGAGCAAGGCGGACAUGAGCGGCAACGGCAGCAGCGGGCCAUCUGUCGAGCAGGCCGUAGUGACGGAGCAGUCGGUGACGGAACAGGCCGGCGGCAGCGCUCUGGUGGUUGAGGCCACCAGGGCUGGUGCACGCGAGGCGCUUUUCGCCAUCAGUGCCGGGCGCUGGGCGUUCGCUGGCCUCGUCGGCGUUCUCUCCGUCGACCUUUUUGACGCCACAUGGGAGGUGCGCCACGGUGCCGGCAUGGCACUGCGCUCGGUGCUCAAGCACCACGGCUUUGGCGCCGGCCGCCGUGCUGGCUGCUCUGCUGCGCAGAACUCCACGCGCAACCAGCGGUUCCUCGAGGACCUGUGUGUGCGGCUGUGCUGUGUUUUUGCGCUUGACCGAUUUGGCGACUUUGUCGCCGACCAUGUGGUGGCGCCUGUCCGCGAGACCUGCGCCCAGGCCCUGGGUGCUGCCAGCCGGUUCGCCGCCCAGCGGUUGGUGCAGCGCACGCAGGAGGCGUUGUUGCAGCUUGUUGAGCGCGGCUCGGGCACGUGGGAAGUCAGACACGCGGGGCUCUCGGCCCUGCGCUAUGUCGUUGCCGUGCGCAAGGACCUUGCCCCUCUGCUGGCUGGUGGCGCCCUGGAUGCUGCGCUUGGCGCGUUGCGUGCGUCCGACGACGAUGUGCGCGCGGUGGCCGCCGAGACGCUGCUGCCCCUGGCUGACACGCUGGUGACCUGUCAGCCGCACCGCUUACUUGAUGUUGUGGCCGCUGCGUGGGCCGCCCUGGGCUGUGCCUCCGAUGACCUGGCGGCUGCCGCGGCCGCCGUGCUGGCGCUCCUCGCCAGGCUUUUUGCACAUAAUGCCGUGCGCGACGCUGUGGCUCAUGCCGAGGACCCGCAGUUUGCGCUGUCGCAGCUUGUCCCACGCCUGCACCUGUUUAUGCGCCACGCACUUGCCGGCGUCAGGCGCGCCUGCUUGGAGACGCUGCUGGCAAUGUCGGAGAUGCCUGGUGGCGUGUGCUCUGCGCAGCUCCUGCAGCUUGUCUACCAGAACGUGCUUCUGGAGACUACCGAGGACAUCCGCCGUCUGUCGCUGCAGCUCUGGGAUCGGUUGCUCUUACAGCAGGUCAACGGGAUGGAGGUUGAGCCCAGGUCUCUUGUCGAGAUGUUUGCCCUGGCAGCCACCCCCGUGGGCGCCCCGAUGCCGCGCAACCUGCUGCUUGACCCCCUGCAGGCAGCAGCGGCGGACCUGGGCUUGAUCUCGCGCGACACCAUUGUGCGCUGCCGCGUUGAGGCUGCCGCUGCCCUGGGUCGGCUGGCCGCCAGCUGUGCCAGCAUUCCACUGCGCGCCGAGUUGUUCGGCUCGCUUUUGCUCAAUGCCCUGGUGUCGCAUCGCGCGCUGGAGCAGCAGCUGGCUGCUGUGGUUGCCGAGGAAAUGGCCAUGGCCGAGCGCCCGAUCGACAGCCUGAUGCUUGGCGAGCCCUUUACCGCGCCCCAGCUUAUUGACCAGCUGCGCCAGACGCUUCAGGUCGCAUUGGCCCGCGAAGAGCCCUACCUGGAUACCUGCGGGGCGCUCCUGCGCGUGCGCAGCGACUGUCUGCAUCUCCUCGAUCUCGUCGAUGCCCGGCAGCGGCCUGCAGUACCUGAAGCGGCCGAAUUUUCAAUGGCGUUCGCUGACGCCCUGCUCGCGCAGACCGCCGAUGUAGCGGCUUUGUCUGAGCGCCGACUGCGGCUGGGCGCGUCGGCCGAGUAUUGGCGUCAGCUGCACAUGCAGCUCGAUGUGGCGGCCAAGGCGGCUCUGGCCGGCGCCCUGGUGGCCAUGGGCCGGCUGCCCGCCAAGCUCAACGCCAUCCUACGGUCUCUCAUGACUGCCAUCAAGUCCGAGCCCUGCGCGCUUCUGCAGCAGAGAGCCGCGACGGCGGCAGCGAGACUGGCUGCGCUGUGCUACUGCGCCUGCGACCCUCCGCGUGCCGCUCCAGCGGACAAGAUGGUGCGCAACCUGGCGACCUUUGCGUGCUCCGAUCCAACAUCAACGCCCGUGUUUGCGCAGCGUGUGUCCCAGACCGAGUCCAUCUUGAUGCUCGAGAUGGUCCAGCGCGAGCAGGCUACCGCUGCUUCUUCUUCGUCUGCCACACAGCAGCAGGGCGGCAAAGCGGAGCAGCAGUCGUCUGGGGAUGCCUCGAUGGCACAGGCGGCGUCAGCCAGUGCGCAGGCGAGCCAUCGCAAGAAACGGCGCGGUGCCGCCAAGGGUUCCACCAACUCUGGCUCUAAUAUUGCAGCGGCAGUGGAGGAGGAGGAGGCUGUACCGUUGGUUGCCGCCGUGCUAUCCGAGGAGCAGGGGCGCGAGCAGGCCGCUCGCCUGAUUGUGCGCGGCGCUGAGGCUGCGCUGAGCGCCAUUGCAACGCUCUUUGGCGCCAGUCUGGUUGACCGUGUGCCGCGCCUCUGGGAAUGCGUCACCUUGCCGCUCGCUCAGGCUUACUCUGCCGACCCUGAUGGCGCCGACGCUCGCUUUAACGUCAAUGCCGAGGCUGCGCAGGCAGUCAUCGACGCGCUGCGCGUGCUCUUGACCCUGGCUCCUGCCCUGCACCCCGACCUGCACGGCCACUUGGUGGCUACGCUGCCCUGGGCUAUGCGCGCGCUGCUCAGCCGCUUCUCGGCCAUCCGGCAUAUGGCCGCGCGCACGAUCGCCGAGCUUUGCCGCGUGGCGACCACGGCUUCAAUGCAGGCGUUCAUCCAGACAGCGCUUCCCGUACUGGGCGAGUCCACCCGAGUGUCGUGUCGCCAGGGCGUCGCCGAGGCCAUUUACUAUACGAUCCAGCGCCUGGACGACCACAUUCUGCUGCCCUACGUGACCUUCCUCAUGGUUCCUGUUCUAGGGCGCAUGAGCGACUCUAACGAGCAGACCCGGCUUGUGUGCACCAAUUGCUUUGCGCAGCUGAUUAAGCUAGUGCCACUGGAGGCCGACAUCCCUGACCCGCCGGGCAUCUCCGCCGAUCUGGUGGCGCAGCGCGAGCACGAGCGCAAGUUUUUGGCACAGCUGAUGGACCCCACGAAGCUCGAGCCCUUCCGUAUCCCCGUCACCAUCAAAGCCACGCUGCGCAAGUACCAACAGGAGGGCGUCGACUGGCUGGCGUUCCUCAACAAGUACGAGCUGCACGGAAUUCUCUGCGACGACAUGGGGCUGGGCAAGACCCUGCAAACCAUCUGUAUUGUGGCUUCGGACCAUCAUGCGCGCAGGGACAAAGAGCCACUGCCUACCCUGGUUGUGUGCCCGCCGACACUGAUCGGUCACUGGGAACAGGAGAUUCAGCGGUACGCCGAGAAUCUGCGCCCUCUCUGCUACGCCGGCCCCCCGGCCGAGCGCCGGCCGCUGCUGCCGCGCAUCCAGGACAACUCAUGCGAUGUCGUCAUCAUGUCCUACGACGUCGUCCGCAACGACAUUGACCUUUUGUCCGCGAUCAACUGGAACUACUGCAUCCUCGAUGAGGGCCAUGUCAUUAAGAACGCGCGCACGAAACUGACCCAAGCCGUCAAGCGCGUGCACGCCCGCCAUCGCCUUAUUCUUUCGGGCACGCCCGUGCAGAACAACGUCAUUGAGCUGUGGUCUUUGUUUGAUUUCCUGAUGCCUGGGUUCUUGGGUACCGAGCGCCAGUUCAACGAGCAGUACGGCAAGCCUAUCUUGGCCUCGAGGGAUGCCAAGCAGAUGUCCGCGCAACAGGUCAGUGGCGAGACAGCGCUGAAGCAGCUGCACAAGCAGGUACUUCCCUUCUUGCUGCGGCGCAUGAAGGAGGACGUGCUGAGCGACUUGCCACCCAAGAUCAUACAGGACUACUACUGCGAGCUAUCGCCGUUGCAAAAAUUCUUGUAUGAGGAGUUUGCCAAAUCCUCGGUCACCGGCAACCUCAAAAAGUCGCUUGGCAUGGCCGAAGACACUGUCACGGCGCCCUCGACAGCGGUGUCUACCGCGGCAACAGCAGCAAAAGAGCAAAAGCCGGCAACGCAUGUGUUCCAGGCGCUCCAGUACCUGCGCAAGCUCUGCAACCACCCGGCGCUGGUGCUUUCGCCGAAGCAUCCCUUGUACAAUCAGGUCGUGGCAGAUCUGCGCAAGCGCGAUGCCAACUUGCACUCGCUCGAUAUUGCGCCCAAGAUGCAGGCGCUCAAGGACCUGCUCAACCAAUGCGGCAUUGGUCUCCCCCCAUCCGACGAGGAUAUUGAUGUGAGCGCGUCACAUCGCGUGCUUAUUUUCUGUCAGCACAGGGAGAUGAUCGAGCGCAUUGAGCAGGAUCUGUUCCAACUUCAUAUGCCCCAGGUCACGCAUAUGCGCGUCGACGGUACUGUUGAGGCCCGCCGUCGCCAAGAGAUCGUUACCCGGUUUAAUGCCGAUCCCACCAUCGACUGCCUUCUCCUCACCACACACGUCGGCGGCCUCGGACUCAACCUUACAGGCGCAGACACGGUCAUUUUCGUUGAGCACGAUUACAAUCCGGCGAUGGAUCUUCAGGCAAUGGACCGCGCGCACCGGCUGGGCCAGACAAAGGUUGUGAAUGUGUAUAGGCUUAUUACGCGGAAUACUCUAGAGGAGAAGAUCAUGGGUCUGCAGGCGUUCAAGCUGCAUAUGGCUAACACUAUUGUCAACCAACAGAACGCUGGCUUGGCAUCCAUGAAUACUGAUCAGCUGCUGGACCUGUUUGAUGUAUCACCGCCCAAGAAGAACAAGCCAAAGGAUGAAGGUGAAGGCACAAAGUCUAUGGCCAAGGCCCUUGAGGGUUUGGAGGACCUAUGGGAUACGAACCAGUAUGAGGACGAGUACAACUUGGAUAACUUUAUUUCAUCGUUGCAGCAGUGA